AUGCCCAGGGAGAGCCCGCGGCGACGAAGCCCGCCGGCAACCAGCACAGGCCAGAAUAAACGCAAGCGCGACGAGCCGACGGACGCCAGCGUUGACCUCAUGAUCCGUUUCCCGCCACCUGCGCCGGCAGACGCCACCCCACCGCCAACCAAGCAAAUGACUCGUUUGGCUGGGCGGAGCGGCCGCUGCAGCCCGGCGCCGUGGCUGCCACUGAUGCACGCGAAGCUCCAGUCCUCGCUGCUGAUGCGCAGCUACUCCGCGCUCAGCCUCGACAGCCUGGGCUCGGCGAGGCCUGCCGCGCGCAGCGACCGCGCGGGGCCGGGGGCAGCGCCCUAG